AUGCCCGACACUCGCCAACAGUCCUUUGACGAGAUUUACGGCCCCCGAGAACUUCCUCGAGAUCGAGUCUUCACCAAUCGGUUUAGCGACGAUGUAAUUGAGGGUCGGAGGGCGGGCCUCGAAAAGUUCCUCAAGAUCGUCGUGGGCCAUCCGCUUCUGCAGACGGGGAGUAAGGUGCUCGCCGCAUUCGUACAGGAUCCAAACUGGGAUCGGAACGCCUGGUGA